AUGUCUGCUUCUGGUGUGCAAACAGAGUUGAGGCUGGUGGUGCUCGGCCGCACCGGGACAGGAGGGGGGUCAGCUGCCUGCAGCAUCCUGGGCUUGCAAGACAGCUGUCAGGGAAACGACAACGAUCAACCCGAUGAGUGUCGUAAAUACAGAGGAGAGGCUGCAGGCAGAAAGCUGUUGGUUGUCUCCAGUCCAGACUGGUUCAGUUCCGACUGCGACCCAGAGGAAAGAAGAAGACACAUAUCCUCCUUGAUUACUUUAUCCAGCCCGGGGCCACAUGCUUUUUUAUUGUGUGUUCCUGUGAACCAACCAGCUGAUGGAGAGACCAAAGCAGUGGAUGUCCUGGAAAGGCUUUUGGGCCCCUCUGCGGUCAACAGAAACACCAUAAUCCUCUUCACCAACAUGGAUGAGCUGGAGGAGGACGAGAGGCUGGAGGAUUACCUUGGCACAUGGCGGAAGGACCUCGGUUUGCUGCUGGAAAGAUGCGGUGGUAGAUAUCACACCCUGGAGACCCGGAGCGAGGAAGGGAAAGAGAGCGAAGCUGUUGAGGAGAUGCUGGAGAAAGUUGAACAGGCAGUGAAAGAGAGUGAGGCGCAAUAUUUUAGCUGCCCUCUGUACCAGGAGGUGAGUGAAAAAGUAAAGAAAAGGCAAGUUGAAAUAGUGAAACAAAGGAUGGAGGAGGACUCAGUAGUGACUGAAAAAGACAUGGAGGAAGUGCUGGAAGAGGCAGAAAAAAGCAUAGGACUCCUAAACAUGGACUUGGAUGAUGUAUUUCCCUCUACCAACAUCUCACCACCAUCCUCUCCUGCUGCCUCUUUACUCAGCGCCCUGUGGGGCAAAGUGGUGGGCUGGUUGAAAUGGCUGCCCACUAUGGUCAGAAGGGAGGCCUUGCUAGGGGCACUAGUCGGACUCUUUGUUGGUGGGCCCAUUGGAGGCAUGGUGGGUGCCACUGUGGGCUCAGUUGCUACAGAGGUGCGUAGAAGAAAAACACAGAAAACUAAGUAA